AUGACUCGACGCCGGGGACUUACUAAUGAAGAAAUCAAAAAAAUUUUAGAAGAGUCAGAUGAUGAAGAUAUUGAUUUGGAUGAUGAAAUAGACGAUCCCGAUUUUCAAGAUCCAACACACAAUUUGCAGUACUCAUCCGAUUCAGACGAGUGUGAAAUGGAUAUCGAUCAUGAUACCAUUCCCCAAAAUACAAAGAACAGCGAUGCUUUGAGUGAUACUGAUACGGCAUCACUUUCAUCAGUUGAUGAGAUACCAUCAGCUAAUGCUUCAGGCUGCAAACCAAUCUUAUGGUUUCAUGCAGAUUCAACUUUCCAACCUCGAAUGACAAUUCCAGCAGAGUCAUCGCCUAGUUUGUUAUUCAAAUUAAAUCGUUCAGCUACCAAAUUGGACGUGUUUCUCAAGAUAUUUCCAAAAAGUCUUAUGAUUUGGAUCUCUCAAUGCACAAACCAACGACUCGAAAAGUUAGGACAAACAAUUCACCCUACAGACCCCUCUGAAAUUAUGCUUGUCCUUGGAUGCAUGCUUGUCAUGUCUUACAAUAGGGUGCCGAAAUUCUCUCAUUAUUGGUCAUCUAAUCCUUCUUUGGGAAACGUAGCAAUAAAAAAUGCUAUUUCAAGAGACAGAUGUAAAACGUUGCUGUCGAAACUAUAUUUUGCUGCACCAGAAAAGCCAGAAAAUGCAAGUAAAACAUAUUAUAUUGACGAGGUUGUUUCGUGCCUGAAACAAACCUUCAAACAGUGCCGAAGCGAAAGCUCAUAUCAAGCUAUUGAUGAAUCAAUGGCGAAAUUCAAGGGACGUUCAUCCCUCAAACAAUAUAUGCCGAUGAAACCUGUGAAAAGAGGGAUAAAAAUUUGGCAGCGAUGUGAUUCAAAAACAGGAUAUGUAUAUGACAUGAACAUUUAUUCCGGAAAAGAAACGGGUGAAGUUCAAGGCACACUCGGGGAACGGGUAGUAUCAAAGCUAACGGAGACAAUCCGAGGUAAAGACGUGAUGCUUGCGUUUGACCGAUUUUUUACAAGUGUGCACCUGAUGGAAACCCUGAAAUUUCCUGCUGUUGGUACAUGCAUCAAGACACGCAAAGAUGUUCCUAAUUUUGCAACAAAACUAAGCAAAAGGGGUGAGGCUGAGUUUCUCGUAACUAAAAAUGGAACAUUGUGUGCGAGGUGGCUUGAUUCAAAGGAAGUGAUGAUGCUAAGUAAUUGCCACGAAGCUAAAUACACAAAAGUAAAUCGCACCAUGAAAGAUGGAAGCAAAGAAGAAUUUGAGUGCCCUGUGGCAAUCGAAUUCUACAACAAAAUCAUGGGAGGUGUAGACCUUGCAGAUCAAAUGGCAAAUGUCUAUGAAUUAGAUUGA